AAGAACUCGAGGUUCCAUAAUACUGUACGGACAUGGGAACUCCACAAAAGGAUGUCGUCAUUAAAUCUGAUGCACCAAAAACACUUCUUCUGGAGAAGCAUGUACAAUACAUAGAAUCAUAUGGAGCUAAAAAGGAUGAUUACGAAUACUGCAUGUCUGAGUACUUGAGAAUGAGCGGAGUUUACUGGGGUCUGACUGUUAUGGAUCUCAUGGGCGAACUGCAUCGCAUGAAUAAAGAAGAAAUACUGACAUUUAUCAAGUCAUGCCAACAUGAUUGCGGUGGAUUUAGUGCCAGCGUUGGUCAUGAUCCUCAUCUGCUUUAUACGCUGAGCGCUGUUCAGAUCCUUACUCUAUUCGAUAGCCUUUCCGAAGUCGAUACAAAAAAAAUUGUUGAAUAUGUUCAAAGCCUUCAAAAAGAAGAUGGCUCAUUUGCUGGAGAUAAAUGGGGUGAAAUAGAUACACGCUUUUCUUUUUGUGCAGUAGCAACACUUGCCCUUUUGGGAAAGCUGGAUGCUGUUAAAGUAGAAAAAGCUAUAGAAUUUGUUUUAUCGUGCAUGAAUUUUGACGGUGGGUUUGGUUGCAGACCUGGAUCUGAAUCUCAUGCUGGACAGAUCUAUUGUUGCACAGGAUUCAUGGCCAUAACAGAGCAGUUGCACCAAAUAAAUGCUGAUUUAUUGGGCUGGUGGCUUUGUGAACGUCAGCUGCCAUCAGGAGGACUCAAUGGAAGACCUGAGAAGCUGCCAGAUGUGUGUUAUUCAUGGUGGGUCCUGGCAUCCUUAAAGAUAAUUGGAAGACUCCAUUGGAUUGACAGAGAGAAACUGCGGUUAUUUGUUUUGGCUUGCCAAGAUGAAGAGACAGGUGGUUUUGCAGAUAGGCCGGGAGAUAUGGUGGAUCCCUUUCACACGCUGUUUGGAAUUGCUGGGCUAUCUCUACUUGGAGAAGAAGGCAUUAAGCCGGUUAAUCCUGUCUUUUGUAUGCCUGAAGAAGUCCUUCGAAAAAUAAACCUUCAACCUGAACUUGUGCAUUAACCUUUAAACAAAGGUUCUGUGUAUGAGCGUUCGUUGCUUCAGAUAGUAACUUAUAUAAUUUUCAGGGCAGCUGAGAAUGUGUAUGGUGGGAAGUAUAUUGAAUUUGUGACUUAAAUAUCUUGUCAUUUAAAGGGACAUUAAACAUGUUCUGAAUGUUACUCAAUUGGUUUCAGCAGCAGAGAUAAAAUAGGCAUUUACAUCAAGUGAAAACUAAAUUACAACAUGGCAGCACCCACUAUUUUAUAAAAACUAAAACUUUACACUUAUUUUUUCAAUAUGUGAACAAUAAAUAUCAUUUUAAACAGUAAAACUGCACAUAUUUGCUUUUAAUACAGCAAUAUGUUUGGCAUUUAUGUAGUGUUCAGUGUCCCUUUAAAAUGUAAGGCAUUUCUAUUUAAUCAGUUUGUCCUCUUCCUACAAGCACUUAAGGUACAGGAUAAAAUUGUGUGGUUGAAGGGACACUAAAAACAGAUUUUGUUCUUUCAUUAUUCAGAUAGAGCAAGAAUUUUUAAGCAACUUUCUAAUUUUCUCCUAUUAUCAAUCUUUCUUUGUUCUCUUGGUAUCUUUAUUUGAAAAAGCUGGAAUGAAAGCUUUGCAGCCGGCCCAUUUUUGGGUAGCGCUUGCUGAUUGGUGGCCACAUUUAGCCAUUAAAUCAGCAAGCGCAACCUAGGUGCUGAACCUAAAAUGGGCCUGCUCCAAAGCUUUUAUUCCUGCUUUUUAUCUGAAUCACGAAAGAAAAAAUCUGUGUUUAGUAUCCCUUUAAGGAAGGUUGUAUUAUGUAACAUUUGUGUAGCAUAACUAGGCAUACACAAUACACAUCAAAUCACACGUUUAAAGUACCAGUAUUAACAGUGCUUGAAGCCAUUUACAGCACACUAAUGACAAAGGCUAAGGGGUAAUUUUGAUUACAUUGUAUUAAUAUUAAAUGCAUUGGUAUAUUUUAUGGCAAUGCAAAAUAGGUCAUUACUUGCCUCUUUUUUUAGUAGCAGUAUCUAAAACUUAAGGGAUAGAAAGGGCAAAAUUGAAAUGUUCAUUUUGCAGUAUACUUACAUUAGCAAACAUGCUUCUAGUAAAAGUUAUAACUAUUUUUCUCUGCAGCAUACGUACAUAUCUGUGAGGCCAUGUGCACAAGUAUUCACACACCCCUCAACUUCUCAAAGAGUCAGUAGUGGCUUGUAUGACACAAAUUACAUCUUAAAAAGGUAAUUUUCCAGCCUCCAAUAGAUUUUUAAAAGACCUUUAUUUGUUUCUUACAGGGUCCAUUAUAAUAAGGUUGUUAUAAUGGACCCUGUAAGAAACAAAUAAAGGUCUUUUAAAAAUCUAUUGGAGGCUGGAAAAUUACCUUUUUGAGAUUGACAUUGGGGUUUGGCUAACCCUUUCCUGUGCCCCUGAUUGAAAAGGUGCUGUCUCUCACUACUAUUUUUCAUACAAAUUACAUCUUCACAUAAGCAAUACACACCACUGCUAACUCACUGAGAAGGUGGGGCUGUGAAUAAUGCAAAAAUGCUUUUAUUUAAAAUUUAAAUACAUUUAUUUACAAUUCAGUUUUGACCUUUCUAUCACUGAACCCAUUUUUUUUUAUUAUGUGACUCAGAUAGAGCAUGCAAUUUUAAGCAACUUUCUAAUUUACUCCUAUUUUUAAAUUUUCUUCAUUCUCUUGGUAUCUUUAUUUGAAAUGCAAGAAUGUAAGUUUAGAUGCCGGACCAUUUUUGGUGAAAAACCUGAGUUGUCCUUGCUGAUUGGUGGAUAAAUUCAUCCACCAAUACAAAAGUGCUGUCCAGGGUCUGAACCAAAAAAACCCCCGCUUAGAUGCCUUCUUUUUCAAAUAAAGAUAGCAAAGGAACAAAGAAAAAAUGAUAAUAGGAGUAAAUUAGAAAGUUGCUUAAAAUCACAUGCUCUAUCUGAAUCACAAAAGAAAAAAAAUUGGGUUCAGUGUCCCUUUAAGAAGUUUCUGUUGAGAACUGUGGAAAUAUUGUUUGAUGUGAAAUUAUAUGAGUCUUGUUGAAAACUGUAACAAUUUAACAAAAUGCACAGUAUAUAGGUAUAUUCAUUUUGUGAUUGGCUGAUGGCUGUCACGUUAUACAGGGGGAGGGAAAAUUGGGUUAACUUGGAAAUUUUCCAGAAAAUAUUUUACUGAUCAUUGCAAAUUGAAAGCAAGUGUUGUAUUUUUUUUUAUUGUGUAUUUGUUAAUUAUUAAAUUCUACUGUAUUUAAGUUAUGAAAUAGAUCUGCACACCUUCUGUGUUCACCUAUGGAGAUUCAUUGUGUGAAAUCACUCUUCAAAACUUAGUGAAUUGGCUAAUAGGAUUACAUAGUAAUUUGGAAAAAAAAAUAUAUAUAUAUAGUUUUUUAUGGAGAGUCCUCUCGAUCCUUAAACCUUUGAGUGCUAAGCACUUUCCCACCUGGGUGCUAAGAUUUUUCUAAUUUUUUUUUUCUUCAGACCCCCAAGACUUAUACUGUUGGAAAGGUUAGGCAAUUACCUUUCCAAUGGUGGGUCUUGUGGGUCUGUAGCUGCUUAGAUGCCUGAGAUACAGGCUUCUAAGCAGCAUGCCCCCUGCUCCUAUACUUAACAUUGUUAAGUAUAAAUAAAGUUGCACGGUGACGUCAUCACGUUAUUGUGCGUGACGUCACCACAGAAAACGGGUAGCCCCAGCGAUGCCUGUCACUAUACAGGCACGAUCGCUAGGGUAGGAGCGGGUAGGAGCCCCCAGAUCUCCCUCAAGGUGGAAGAGUGCUAGUGACGGCUCUGAGCAGUCAUUAGUACCAGAGUGGUAAACUCUGUGACGGCUCAGAGCCGUCAUUAGCAGUUAAAGGGACACACAACCUUUUUUUUUUUUUCUCUCUCAUGAUUCAGAUAGAGCAUGCACUUUUAAGCAACUUUCUAAUUUACUCCUAUUAUUAAUUUUUCUCCGUUCUCUUGCUAUUUUUAUUUUAAAAAGCAGGAAUGUAAUCAUAGGAGCUGCCCCACUUUUGGUUCAGAACAUGGGUAGUGCCUGCUGAAUGGUGGUUAAAUGUAGCCACCAAUCAGCAAGUGCUACUCAGGUACUGAACCAAAAAUGGGCUGGCGUCUAUGCUUUUUCAAAUAAAGAUAGCAAGGAAAGGAAGAAAAAUGUAUAAUUGGAGUAAAUUAGAAAGUUGUUUAAAAUUGUGUGCUCUUUGCUUUCUAAAUCAUAAAAGAAAAAAAUGUGGGUUUUAUGUUAUCUACUCUCAGUGCAUGCAAGUUAUUUGUUUUACCACCAGACGAGUAGAGAUAAUAGCUUGUGAAGCCCACCGAAAGGUUUUCUCAUAUGUAUUGUAGACAUUUUGUAUAUAUGUACAUCACUGUGUAUACAUCUAUAAAAAAUUUAGAUUUGUUCCUUUUGAUUAUGUGUUCACCAUAAAUAUGAAAAUAUAUGCUGUAUCUGGUGGGAAAAUGCAGCCAUGAUAUGAACCAAUUAAAGGGACAAUAUGAAAUAACAUAAUUUAUGUAAGAACUUACCUGAUAAAUUAAUUUCUUUCAUAGUGGCAAGAGUCCAUGAGUUAGUGACGUAUGGGAUAUACAUUCCUACCAGGAGGGGGCAAAGUAUCCCAAACCUCAAAAUGCCUAUAAAUACACCUCCCACCUCACUCAUACCUCAGUUUAAUGUAUAAAGUAAGUAGUGAGGUAAAAAAAAAAAAAAGGACUAAAAAGCAUACAAAAAGAGGAACUAGAAAAAUAAUGUGCUUUAUACAAAAAAAUCAUAACCACAAAAAAAUAGGAUGGGUCUCAUGGACUCUUGCCACUAUUAAAGAAAUUAAUUUAUCAGGUAAGUUCUUACAUAAAUUAUGUUUUCUUUCAUGUAAGUGGCAAGAGUCCAUGAGCUAGUGACGUAUGGGAUAUAAUACCCAAGAUGUGGAAGUUCACAAAUCACUGGAGAGGGAGGGCUAAAAUAAAAACAGCUAUAUCCGCUGAGAAAUUUAAAUCCAAAAAAAUAAUUUUCUUAAAAAAUUUCAAAAAAUUCAAAUCAAAUGCACUAGAAUCAAACUGAGACAGCUGCCUGAAGAACCUUCCUACCAAAGGCUGCUUCCGAAGAAGCAAACACAUCAAAAUGGUAAAAUUUAGUAAAUGUAUGUAAAGAAGACCAAGUUGCUGCUUUGCAAAUUUGAUCAACUGAAGCUUCAUUCUUGAAAGCCCAAGAAGUGGCAACUGAUCUAGUAGAAUGAGCUGUAAUUCUCUGAGGCGGAGACUGCCCGCCUCCAAAUAAGCUUUGUGAAUCAAAAGUUUCAACCAGGAUGCCAGAGAAAUGGCAGAGGCUUUCUGACCUUUCCUGGAAUCAGAAAAAAAUAACAAAUAGACUAGAAGUCUUUCUGAAAUCUUUAGUAGCCUCAACAUAAUAUUUCAAAGCUCGUACCACAUCCAAAGAAUGUAAAGACCUUUCAAGAGUAUUCUUAGGAUGGAACAACAAUUUCCCUAUUAAUAUUGUUAGAAUUCACAACUUUAGGCAAACAUUUAAAUGAAGUCCACAAAACAGCUUUAUCUUGAUGGAAAAUCAGAUAAGGAGACUCACAAGAGAGCAGACAAUUCAGAAACUCUUCUAGCAGAAGAGAUAGCCAAAAGAAAUAACACUUUCCAAGAAAGUAAUUUAAUAUCCAGAGAAUGCAUGGGUUCAAAAGAAGAAGCCUGUAAAAUCUUCAAUACCAAAUUGAGACUCCAAGGAGGAGAAAUAGAUUUAAUAACAAGUUGGAUAUGAGUCAAAGCCUGAAUAAAACAGUGAAUAUCAGGAAGCUUAGCAAUCUUUCUAUGAAAUAAGACAAAGCAGAAAUUUCUCCUUUCAAAGUAUUUGCAGACAACCCUUUAUUCAAACCAUCCUGAAGAAACAGUAAAAUCCUAGGAAUUCUGAAGAAUGCCAAGAAUAAUCAUGGGUGGAACACCAUGAAAUAUAUGUUUUCCAAACCUGAUGAUAAAUUUUCCUUGAAACAGACUUACGAGCCUGUAUCAUAGUGCUAAUCACUGAGUCAGAGAAACCUUUAUGACUAAGCACUAAGCGUUCAAUUUCCAUGCCUUCAAAUUCAGAGAUUUGAGAUCCUGAUGGAAAAACGGCCCUUGAGACAGGUCUGGUUUUAAAGGAAGUGGCCAAGGCUGGCAACUGGACAUCCGGACAUGUUCCUCAUACCAAAACCUGUGAGGCCAUGCAGGUGCUUUUAGAAACACAUAGGAUUGUUCCAUUAUGAUCUUGGAGGUCACCCUUAGAAGUAGAACCAGAGGCAGAAAAAUGUAGGCAGGUUGGUAAAACCAAGGAACUGCUAAAGCAUCCACUAUCUACGCCUGAGGAUCCUUGGACCUGGAAAGGUACCUGGGAAGCUUCUUGUUUAGACGAGAGGCCAUCAGAUCUAUUUCUGGAAGACCCCACAUCUGUACAAGGUGAAAAACACAUCUGGAUGGAGAGACCAUUCCCCCGGAUGUAAAGUAUGACGGCUGAGAUAAUCCGCUUCCCAAUUGUCUACACCUGGGAUAUGAAUCGCAGAAAUUUGAGAAGAGUUGGAUUCCGCCCAAGAAAGUAUCCGAGAUACUUCUUUCAUUGCGGAAGGACUGCAAGUCCCUCCUUGAUGAUUGACAUAUGCCACUGUUGUGAUAUUGUCUGUCUGAAAACGAAUGUAAAGUUCUCUCUUCAAUAGAGGCCAAGCAUGAAGAACUCUGAAAAUAGCAUGGAGUUCUAAAAUAUUGAUUGGUAACCUCGCCUCUUGAGGAUGCAAAAUCCCUUGUGCUGUCAGAGACCCCCAGACAGCUCCCCAACCUGUAAGACUUGCAUCUGUUGAGAUCACAGUCCAGGAAGGACGAACAAAGGAGGCCCCUUGAACAAUAAGGUGAUGGUCUAACCACCAAGUCAGAGAGAGUUGAGUGUUGGGAUUUAAGUAUAUCAGUUGUGAUAUCCUGAGUAUAAUCCCUGCACCAUUGGUGCAACAUGCAAAGCUGUAAAGGCCUCAUAUGAAAACUAGCAAAGGGGAUCGCGUCCGAUGUUGCAGUCAUGAGACCUAAAACUUCCAUGCACAUAGCCACUGAAGGGAAAAAUAGAAACAGAAGGUUUAGACAAGCUAAAACCAACUUCAUGUGUCUCUUGUCUGUCAGAAAGAGUCAUCGACACUGAAUCUAUCUGGAAACCUAAAAAGGUGACCCUUGUGUGAGGAAUCAAGAAACUCUUUUGUAAAUUGAUCCUCCAAACAUGACUUUGAAGAAACCACACUAGUUGUUUUGUGUGAGAUUUUGCUUCAUGAAAAGAUUGAGCUAGUACCAAGAUUUCGUCCAAAUAAGGAAACACCGCAAUACCCUGCUCUCUGAUUACAGAUAGAAGGGCACCGAGAACCUUCGAGAAGAUUCUUGGAGCUGUCGCUAGGCUAAACGGAAGAGCGACAAAUUGGUAAUGCUUGUCUAGAAAAGAGAAUCUCAGAAAACGAUAGUGGUCUGGAUGAAUUGGAAUGUGAAGAUAAGCAUCCUGUAAGUCUAUUUGUGGACAUAAAAUUACCUUUCUGAACAAAAGGCAGAAUAGUCCUUAUAGUUACCAUCUUGAAAGUUGGGACUCUGACAAAAAUUUUUUUUAAAUUUUUAGAUCCAGACAAUGAACAGAUUUGAAUAAAAACCCAAGCCCUGUUUCUGCUGAGGAACUGGAACAAUCACCCCUGAAAGCUCUUGGUAUGAAACACACUUCUGAAAAGCCUGAGCCUUCACAGGGUUUGUUGGAACAUGAUAAAGAAUCUUCUCAUGGGAGGUCUUAUUCUGAAACCUAUUCGAUACCCUUGAGAAUAAUAUCAUGAAUCCACUUAUUUUGAACAGAAUCUGCCCAAAUGUCUUGAAAUAAUUUCAAUCUGCCCCCACCAGUUGAACUGGUUUGAGGGCAGCACCUUUAUGCAGUCUUAGGGUAUGGAUUUGGUUUCUUAUAAGGCUUGGGUUUAUUCCAAUUCGGAGAUGGUCUCCAAUUAGAGCCAGAGUCCUUAGGGGAAGGAUCGGUCUUUUGUUCUCUAUUCUUACGAAAGGAACAAAAACGAUUGAGAGCUUUAAACUUACCCUUAGAUUUCUUAUCUUGGGGCAGAAAACUCCCUUUCCCCCAGUGAUAGUGGAGAUAAUAGAAUCCAAUUAAGAACCAAAUAAAUUACCCUGAAACGAUAGAGAUAGUAAUCUAGAUUUAGACACCAUAUCGGCAUUCCAAGAUUUAAGCCAUAAAGCUCUUCUAGUAAGAAUAGCUAAAGACAUAGAUUUAAUAUCUAUCUUAAUGACAUCAAAUAUAGCAUCACAAAUGAAAUGAUUAGCAUGUUGAAGUAAAAGAACAAUGCUGGACAAUUCAGGAUCUGAUAACUGCUGUGCUAUGCUGUCCAACCAAAAAGUUGAAGCAGCAGCAACAUCAGCCAAAGAAAUAGCAGGUCUAAGAAUAUAGCCAGUAUGUAAAUAUGCUCUUCUAAGAUCAGAUGUAAUUUUCCUAUCUAAAAGAUCCUUGAAGGAAGUACUAUCUUCCAUUGGAAUAGUAGUAGUACGUUUGGCAAGAGUGGAAAUAGCCCCAUCAACCUUAAGGACUUUUCCCCAAAACUUUAAAUUGGCCACAGGUAAAGGAUAUAGCUUUUUAAACAUAGAAGAAGGGUUAAAAGAAGCACUAGGCUUAGACAGCAUCUGGAAUAGGAAAAACUUCAGGAGUAACCUCAGAAGUUUUAAAAACAUAAUUCAAACAUUUGCUAGUUUUGUUAUCAAGAGGACUAGACUCCUCGAUACCCAAAGUAAACAAUACUUCCUUUAAUAAAGAAUUAAUAUCUUCAAUCUUAAAAAGAAAAGUUGAUUUGUCAAAUUCAGUCUCUGAAGCAGGAUCUUCUGAGCCAUAGAAAUCAUCAGCAGAAGAUACUUCAGUAUGCUGUCGAUCAAUACAAAUUUAAUCAGAUUUAUGAGGUUUGGAAAGACCUUUUACGCUUAUUUGAAGGCGAAAUAGCAGUCAUAGCCUUCUUUAUGGCUGCAGCAAUAUACUUUUUCACAUCUGCAGGAAUAUCAUGUAUAUUAGAUGUGGCAUAACAGUAGAUGUAUUUGUACUUAUAGAAACAUUAUCAGCAUGUAAUAAUUUAGUAUAACAAGUGCCACAUAUUUGAACUGAAGUAAGAUCAGCUUAUUUACAACAAACACUCUUGGCUUUGGUAUAAUUGUGUUCAGGCAGCUUAGUUCCUAUAGUAACAUCAGAGGCAGGAUCAGUUUGAGACAUCUUGCAAAAUGUAACAAAAAAAAAAAAAAUAACAUUUAAACAAAAUAUCCAAUUUCCUCAAAAUAGCAGUUUCAGGAAUGGGAAAAAAAUGCUUAUGAUAAAAUUCUUAUACAAAAGUAAAAUCAAAAGCAAACAUCAUAGCCCUUUAUAAACAAAUGAGAGCAGUGAGCAAAAUCGGGAGAGACUUAAUAUAACAAAUUUUGGCGCCAAAAAUGAUGCAAACAAAGAUGACGCAAAUGCAGGAAAAAAAACGUUCGGCACCAAAGCUAACAAAUGAAAUGACGCCAAAAACAAUUUGCGUCAAUAAAGACGCCAGAAAUGAUGCGACUCGCGUCAGGACAGACCCGACUUCUCGACAAAAAUUAUGCAAUAAAAAAUAGCAUUUUGUGUCAUCGCGAGCCUAUUAACCCACAAAAAUUUAGAAAAAACAGACUCCAAGCUACAACUAACUGGAACCCCAGGUAAGAAAAAAAUACCUAAAAUCUCUCAUAAACAUAAUUUCCCUGCUGAAACUGUUAGACUGCAUAGGGAAAUACACAGACCUGACUCAUGACAAAUAUAUGUAAUAUACAUUAAAAACUUUAAAAUAUAAAGUGCCAAAAUAUAAAGUGUCUUAAAAAAAUGAUCUAUACUUACCUGAAGACACCCAUCCACAUAUAGCAGACAGCCAAACCAGUACUGAAACAUAUCAGUAGAGGUAAUGGUAGAGGAGUAUAAUGUCGAUCUGUAAAGGGAGGCAGCAGAUGAAUCCCUGCGACAGAUUUACAGAGAGCCCUCGAAUAGAUCUCCCAUAGGCGAAUACAUGGUGUCAUCAGGCAAUAUUCCCUUCACAUCCCUGAGACAAACACUGUACUUAGAGUGGAAUUGGGCUUCAAAAUGCAUAGAAGCGCCAUUCACAGAAGAAAAUCAAGCACAUCUUGCUUCACAACCUCCACAAGGAGGCAAAGUUUGGGGGAAAAAAAGGUAUAAGUGAGGUGGGAGGUGUAUUUAUAGGCAUUUUGAGAUUUGGGAAACUUUGCCCCCUCCUGGUAGGAAUGUAUAUUGCAUACAUCACUAGCUCAUGGACUCUUGCCACUUACAUGAAUGAAGUCUUUAAAUAUGUUGACAUUUUUUGUCUGAAAAAUAUGAAGCAUAAGCUUUUUAGAUUUACAUUUAAACUAAUAUACCAGUGCACUUUUUAUUAGUGCUUCUCAGCCAUGCUUUCCUGGACAGUUAUGAGUUACACAUGAUGCAGGGUGUGCAGGCAGGAACAUGUAUUGUGCCUGUGGGACAGCAUGUGAAUAGUGUUGCUGGACAUCAUUAUUUAUUUCCCUCCCUGCAAAUCCUACAGCAUGUGUAACUCUUAACUGUCCAAGAAAACAUGGCUGAAGUGGCAACCCUAAUUCCAAUUAAUGUUCAUUGGCAGAUAGGUACUUUCUAUUAAGGGGACAGUAAAGUAAAAAAAAAAUCUUUCAUGAUUUAAAUAGGGCAUGUAAUUUUAAACAACUUUCCAAUUUACUUUUAUUACCAAUUUUGCUUUGUUCUCUUGGUAUUCUUAGUUGAAAGCUAAAUCUAGGAGGUUCAUGGGCUAAUUUCUUAGACCUUGAAGACUGCCUCUAAUCGGAAAGCAUUUUGACAGUUUUUCACCACUAGAGGGCGUUAGUUCAUGUGUUUCAUAUAGAUAACAUUGAGCUCCGGCACGUGAAGCUCCUAAGAGCAAGCAUUGAUUGGCUAAAAAUGCAUGUCUGUCAAAAGAACUGAAUAAGGGGGCAGUUUGCAGAGUCAUAGAUACAAGGUAAUCAUAGAGGUAAAAAGUAUAUUAUUAUAACUGUGUUGGUUAUGCAAAAUUGGGGAAUGGGUAAUAAAGGGAUUAUCUACCUUUUUUAAACAACAAAAAUUCUGGUGUUUACUGUCCCUUUAAACUAAUGCUUAAAGGGACAUAAUACCCAUGUGCUAAAUAAUUUGAAAUGGAUGCAGCAUAACUGUAAAAAGAUGACAAGAAAUUAUCAUCUGAACAUCUGUGUAAAAAUGAAAGAUAUCUUACCUCAAAAUUUCUUCAGCUCACAAUAGUAAGCUGCAUGUUGAGAAAAAGUGAAAAAAAGAGCCAUUCAGCUUAAUCAGUGCUGAGAUCAUACUUUGCUUUAAUGUGAUCUCAUGAAAUUUAACUGAAAUCAUGUGAGAAUUUAUACUAAACUUCCUUAAAGGAUCACUAAACCCAAAAAAAUUCUUUCAUGAUUCAAGUAGAGAACACAAUUUUAAACAUCAUUCCAAUUUAUUUCUUUUAUCUAAUUUGCUUCAUGUUUUUUAGAUAUCUUUUGUUUAAGAAAUAGCAAUGCACAUGGGAGAGCCAAUCACACAAGGCAUCUAUGUGCAGCUACCAAUCAGCAGCUUCUGAUCCUAUCUAGAUAUGCUUUUCAGCAAAGGAUAUAAAGAGAAUGAAGCAAAAUAGAUAAUUGAAGUAAAUUAGAACGUUGUUUAAAAUUGCAUGCUCUUUCUAAAUCAUAAGAGAAAAAAAAAUUGGAUUUCAUGUCCCUUUAAAGUGAAAAGGGAAAUAACAUGUGCCUGCACAUGCAAGAUGUAUGCUUCCUUGCAAGUCCCAGGACUAGCAUCCUGAUUGGCUGCUUCAAGUCCCUUUACAAUGGGAUGUGGCUACUGAGGAAAUUUUGAAGUAAAAUAUUAUUUUUGUUUGUUUACAUAGAGAUGUUCAGGGGAUAUUUUCUAGUCAGUUUUUACAGCUAUGCUACAUCACUUUCAAGUGCUUCAGCAUUUGUGUAUCAUGCCCCUUUAAUUAGCAUUAUCAAAAAGCAUCUAUCAACCAAUGAAAGUUAGCAAGAAAUACAUAUCAGCCGAUGAACAUUAACUUGAAGCACUUAUUAACCAAUUUGCAUUAGUGAGAAUUAGCAGGAAGUACACUACCUAUACCGUUGUAUAAGUUUCAAUUUAAAGGGACAUGAUACCCCAAAUUUUUCUUUCAGAAUUCAGAUAGAGCAUGCAAUUUUAAACUUCCCAGUUUACUUAUAUGAUCAAAUUUCAUUCACUUGGCAUCCUUUGUUGAAGGAUCAACAGUGUGCAUUGGGUGAGACAGUGACUAGAGGCAUAUAUGCGCAAUCACCAGCUAGCUCCCACUAGGCAAUUUCUGCUCCUAAGCAUGCCUAGGUAUGCUUUUCAACAAUGGAUACCAAGAGAACAAAGCAAGUUAGAUAAUAGAAGUAAAUUAGAAAGUUGUUUAAAAUUGUAUGCUCUAACUGAAUAAUAACAAGUUUAUUUUUGACUUUAUUGUCACUUUGAAUUCAAACCCGUUUUAACUUCACCGUUUUCAUGGAGAAAAAUCUACAACUUUAAAUCCUGCUUUUUCAUAUGGGUGACAGAAUUAUCUUGAUUAUUUAGCCCAUUGAAUUUACAUUCCCUAAGUUAUUUGUAAUCAAAACACAUUUAACUUCAGAACUUUAACAAUAUUUAAAGGGACACUCAAGUCAAAAUAAACUUUUAUGAUUCAAAUAGAGCAUGCAGUUUUAAAAGGACACUAACCCCACAUUUUUUUUUCAAGAUUGAGAUGGAGCAUGAAAUUUUAAGCAACUUUCUAAUUUACUCCUAUUAUCAAUUUGUCUUCGUUCUCUUGCUAUCUUUAUUUAAAAAGGAGGAAUGUAAAUCUUAGCAGCCAGCCCAUUUUAGGUUUAUCACCAUGGAUAGUGUUUGCUUAUUGGUGGCUGACAUUUAGCCACCAAUAAGCAAGCAUAACCCAGGUUCUCAACCAAAAAUAGCCGGCUCCUAUGCAUCACAUUCCUGCUUUUUAAAUAAAGAUAGCAAGAGAAGAAAUAAAAAUUGAUAAUAGGAGUACAUUAGAAAGUUGCUUAAAAUUGCACACUCUAUCUGAAUCAAAAAAGAAAAAAAUUGGGCUUAAUGUCCCUUUAAGACACUUUCCAAUUUACUUCCAUUAUCAAAUUUUACACAGUCUUUUUAUAUUCAUACUUUCUGGGGAACAAUAUCCUACUGAGCAUGGGCACAAGCUCACAGGGUAUACGUAUACUACUUUGUGAUUGGCUGAUGUCUGUCACAUGAAACAGGGUGCCGGAAAAUGGGAGAAAAAAAUAAAUUUGCCAGAAAAAGAUCUACAGUUCUUUUGUAGAGCAUAUUACUCAAGUAGAGCACAUGUCACAUAUUUGUUCCUGCAAUAUACACACCUCAGUUUUAUAUCAUAAAUGUUCAGAGAUAAAGAAGGUGGAUUUGAUUGGUUUCCUUGUGUUUCGAGCCACAGGGUCAAUCAACUGUAACCAGCAUUUCAUUUUUAGAUUUUCAAUUUAUAGCAGUUAAUAAACUUUAAACUGGUGAACAA